GCGAUUACGUCAUUUACUCAUCCGGUUGGACGCAUGGAAACUAUUGAUAGCAACACCGCUCAUUGUAUUCCUCAUACUCGAUACAUUACCUGUUGCCAUAGCAUCAACUCCCGAACCAACAUCCGAACCCGUUGCCGAGGCGACUAGUGAGCCCGAGAAUGAGCCGACAGCCGAAGCCGAAGGGCCGACGGCGGAACCCGAAGAUGAACCACAGUCUUAUUCUGAAGCAGGCGGUACGCCAAGCGGCGCAGAGAUAGUUAUUCCGCCAUUUAUUCUAAUGCUUGUCAUUAUGACUGGUCUGGGUGUACUCAUGAUAAAGGCACAAUUAAGACGAGACCGUUAUGCAGAAAGAAAACUAACUGAAGAUUACUUUACGCAGCCCAGUCUCCGGGAUCUAUCCGCAAGAUUCGGGGGUGCUGAGAUGGCGGGAGUUCAAGAGAUGAGAGAAGCAGCUAAAUAUGCUUUUUUGAGUAUGUCUGACAUCGAUACGAUCCAUAGUAUGGAGUUGUUUUUCAACCGCCCUCUACCGCUGUGUCGUAUAGCCUUACCUGCUCUCCUCUCUCUAGCAUUCUGCCCACUUGUUCUUUACAUCUAUUCUCCUGUUGCUCGUUUCUUCUGGCCUCCGGGGGACUUUCCCGAGGGCGUACCCGACAUCAAUGACGCCAUCGCUUGCUUUCUCAUGCCUGCCGGUUUGGUUUAUGCAACAUCUUUUGGUUUUUCUUACCAAUCUGCGAUGGAGAAACAACGUUCACUCGUUAGCAUCGUCUCGGGAGAAGUCUCCAAACUCGACCAGAUUCUCGUUAUGACGUCACAUCUGACGUAUAUCACACUGAAGGAGAAGGCACUGAUCUAUCGGUAUGUGAAAGAUGAAGCAGUCACAAUAAUUCGUCAGAUUCAAGGCGUUUGUAAAGGAAGCACAGAAGAUUACGAGGGCGCCCUCUGCAGUGGACAAAUCUGGAGGAUCGUUCCUAUCUUAAGGAAUUCUGGAGCAAGACAAAAGAAGUGGCAUUUGGACAGACAUAUUCUGGAUAGUUUAAUGGAUCACGUGGUUGGAUUAAACUCGGAUUCAUCAGAGAGAUAUGAAGUAAUGAUGACCCGGAUUCAUCCAUUGAAAUGGCUCUUCCUUGAAGCUCUUGGAUUCUUUGCUUUCUUCGGUGUUCUUCUUCUUGAUGCUGAAUCGUAUCGCAUGGAGCUUGCUAUGUGUAUAAUGACUGUAUUUAGUAUUACUAUCCUCUGUUACGUGGUCGCUGAUCUCGACUCACCCUUCAAUGGAUUCUUCAGGGUGAAUCUUUCAGCUCUACCCGACAUCGUCGACAAAGCAAGCUUUUUCUACGAGCGCGCCAUCGAAGGCAAGCACGUUGACGGUCCCGCUGAUCCCGGACCAUUGACAACUGAGAAUUCUAUUGAAUCGGCAGGAGAUCUAGGGAUGGUCAAGAAAACAAGCUCACAUAGUAUUAAUGAAGUAGUCCUCGAAUCUUACGAUCAUGACCAUGCUGUUUGAACGAUUCUUCUUUGACAACUUCACUAGAUUAGUUAGACGUGACAUAAAGUGGAUUUUUAGUCUCGCAUUUUAAGAUUAUGAAAGUUUAUUCUAUUAUUGACUUACACUUAGUCGAAUCCUUAUGUAAUUAUUUUUACAAUUAACAAACAUGAGCAAUAUCUAUUUUUAUCUGAUUUUUUCUUGUUUUGGUCGGGAGUUUUAAAGCAUAUGAAAUGGAUAUGUUAUUCAAUUAUUGUGCCAUAUAUCCCUGAAAAAUAAUGAUAAUAAAAAUAAUAAUAAUGAUAUUAAUAAUACUAAUUGCAGUAUUUAUAAUGAUAAUAAUUAUUAUCAUAGCAAUAAUAAUAAUUCACUUAGCCAGGUAGCCAGUUAUGAAAAUGCUCUAUCAGAAGGCCCGGUUUUCUCCAUCAUGGAAAGAAAAUAAGAAAAUAUAUGCAAUAAAAAGUUGAAUAAGGCUCAAUUAUUCCACUUAGUUUCCUUCCAUGUUUCACUAUCUGACGGAAUGAAGUAGGUAUAGUGGAAUGAUUGAGUCUUCUUUGAAAUUUCUUCAAUUUGAGCGUUUCUUAAAUGUAUAUAUUUGUAUAUCGUGUAAAUACAUUUAGUGUUUUUCUGUAUUUAAUUGCUUUGCUUUGAUUUAUUUGUUUUUAAUCAUACAUGUACAUAUAUUGUAUUCAAAUUUCUAUUUGGCAGGUUAUACAGCUUAGUUUUUCAGUAGACUUUUUCGCAUUAUUUUUUUUAAUAGGGCCUAUUGGUGUAUAUAGACGAUUUUAUUUUUUCUCGAUGGAAUGUUUAAUGUUGACAAGAUGAACUUGAAUGAAAUACGAAUAAACUGAACUAAAUAAUUUUUUAUAAAUCAGGGAUGUAACCCACGACCUUCAGCUCAUGAUGCAAUACCCAAUCAGGAUCACUGUUGUUAGUGCAAUUUGUAAAAGAGACGAGCCAUUUAUCAAAUAUAACUGUGUUGCAUUUGUGUGAAGGAGCUCUGGCCUUCGCUUGUGAUUUAAAAAACAAAAACGAACAACACUCUGAAUGUUGAGGAUUGCAUACAUUUUUUUAUUUUUAAAAUUUAUUAACCUUGAUUGCUUUAAAGAUGUUUCAGAUAAAAGCAAUACAUAACACUCGAACAUAAUAACGAUUUUCAUUCAUUUAAAUUUUCUUCAGCCUUAAUUAAACAAACUUUACGCUUUAGUUUUCCUGCUGUUUUAAUUUCAGGACCACAUAAAUUUAACUUCAUUUUUGAAAAUCUCUUAAAAAGCUCCCUCUUGACUGUAAUUACUAUUAUUUGAUAUUUCUAUUUUUUCAUCAGAUGUGUCUUAUUUUGUGUUACUCUAAUAAUUUGAAUGUGCGUGUACAAUAAUGUUUCAUUUUUUUAAAACUUACUAUUACUAUGCCUCUUUUUUUUUGCUUUUUAAAGCAAGUUUUUUUCAGUGGUAUUAUUUAUCAAGGGAACGUUUUCUUUAUUUUUAAAUACUCUGUUCUACAAUUGAAUGAAUUCCUAAAUUAUGUUCAUUGUAUAUAUAUAUAUAUUAGGUCUACAUAUAAAGCCCGGCUCACGCUAUGUGAUUUGUUGCGAUCCGAUUUUCAAAGAAAUCAUAAUAACAUUUGACAUGAACAAUCCAACCAAUGAAGUAUUAGCUAUCCGAGGUCAGAAUAGUUGCAGGACUACUGAAAUCAAAAUUCAAUGUAGUUCGAGCCUCAAUGUAAGAAUAAAAGCAAAUUCAGUUCCAAAUCAUGAUGACGUCAUCAUCGGCUGCAACUUGAAGCCGAUUUUGACUUUACUCCGACAACAGGGCUUGCCGCAUCGCAAGAUUAUGAUUUAAUUAUCCUUUAUCCUUAUGCCAAACUUCAGAUAAAGUAAUUUUUAUUUUUGGAACUUUCAUAUUUAAUGCAAAAUGUGAUUUAGAAAAUAAAUUAAGUCGUAUCGGACUGCACAGUGUGAGACGGGCUUAAUAUACAUAUGUUUGUGAACUUUACACAUACUAAAAUUCACAUUGACGAUUGUGCAGUGAGGAAUAAAACUAAAAUAAUCUCAAAAUUUGAAGGGGAACAAAACCUUGAGCCUCGUUGGAUGAGUUAUUUGUAACAUCCGUCAUGGAAAUCCGACUUUGACUUGCAUACUAUCAGGUACCAAUAAUGCCAAAAGCAUUUCCAUUUAUUUAAAUUUAGGAUAAAAAGCAGUUAAGUAAAUUCAUUACUCAAGGGCAUUCAUUCGAAAAAUAAAUUAGUCGUUCAUUCAAACACACGUGUACAUGAAAAACUACGUUUUAAAAAUAAAUUUAUCUACAUUUAUCUACCCCAUGCCUCCCAUUUCUCCCUCUCCCUUUUUUUUAUCCAUCUCUUCUAUUAUACUAUCUACCUUCCACUUCUCUUACUUUACCGUCCCCCACUCCACAUGUCUCUCAUCUUCCAUUUCUACCUUCUUUAAUAUUCAUAUCAUCUUUCUCUGUCUAAAUCUUGUUUUCUUUAAUGGGUGAAACAAAGACUGAACUAAACAAGCAAGAUGGCCAUUUCGUAAUUUUGUGACACAUUUUCAAGAUCAGCAUUUUAUUUUCACUGGGUGUAUGUAAGUUUGGGCAUAUAAACUGCACACAACCACAUUUUGUCAACAAUGAUCAUAAAAGAAAAAAAAUAUUUAUACCCAUUCGAUUACAUGAUCUCCAUCCACAAAUACUGCUGAGUUUGGAUUUAUUUAUAUACCAUCAUUUUUUCUUUAAAUAUUUUAUACAGUACAAAAACUACAAGAUAAAGACUACUUGAGAUUCACACUAGUGCAACAUUUAGUGCUUAACUAUUCACCACCAACAUGAUUAGAAUAUUACCAUAUUGAAUCAAAUCAGAUUGAUAGAGAAGCCUGAAAGUCAUUUUCAUUCAAAUCAACAUGAUUGUUCAUGAUUCUCCAAAAUAUUAAAGAGUUGUGAUUAAUUCCAGAUAAAUCUCAAGCUGGCAAACUCUAUCGUAGAGCAGCCAUUGAUAGAUAGUCACAAUCAUAUUGAAUCAAUUAAAACUGUUCAUGUAUGUUCAACAUGUCACAGAGUUUUGUAUGAUUGAUAAACAUCUCUGUUACAUUUCUUCAAGGCUUGGUAGGUUUUACCUUGAUCUAAAUCUGAAAAGAAAUGAAACCCAUAAGCAUUAAGAGAAAACAUUAGAAGAGAAUGAUGAGCAAUGUUCGGAUUAUCUUGCAUGAAAUAUUACAUGAUUUUCUCUUACUGUACCCUGUCUUACAAGCAGUUAUGAUUUAUCUAAUCCAAACUUGGAAUACAUAGGUUCUUUGAAAGUGUUCUCUAAAUGUAACAUCCUGUACUGUGUCAUUGUUUUGAUCAAUAACCAUUCUCUUCUUUGUUUACAUACAGACGGUGCAUAUACAGGAAGAAUUAUGACAUCAAUGGCUUUCUAUAUAGUUAAAAUUGGUUGGCUAAAUCACAACUCUUUUUUUGAGCGGAGUCUUGAUGCAACUGAACUUUGAAUUAGAAGUUUACAGAGAACAUAAUCUAACAAAUCAAAGUAAAAUAAUGCAUUUUGAGGAAAUAAGUCUAAUGAAUUAAUAGUGAAUAUAUGAUAAAAGCAGAGGAAAUACACAUUUUGGUAGUGUUUAGAAAAAGAGAAGCCCCCUACUAUCCAUUCAAUAGUUAGAUACAAUGUUCUCAAAUCUGAACAAGAUCUGUAAAACUAUGAGAAACAGCCAUAAACCAAUUGGAGAAAAGAAAAGUAAAAAUGUAAAUGCUCCAAGUCUUGCUCUGUUCUUAAAACAUUCAUAUUCUAAACAUUUUAAUUUAAUAAUACAAAUAAAUAGAUGGCAAUAACAUGUCUGUCCAAUGAAACAAAUGACAAUAACACAUCAUUCAUUUGUCCAAAAUGAGGGAAGGUGAGAGAGGAGAAAGAGAGAAUAAGGAGGGGGGGGGGGGAGAAGCAGAAUCAGACGAUCCUGGGGGAGGAGCAGUGAGCCUUCGCACCCCCCCCCCCCACAGAUGUUUCUUUCUUCAUUUUUUAAUUGUCAUAUUAUUUAAUGGGAAAACAUAGCCAUUGAGCAGUGAUAUUUUAUUUUCUUGUCAAGUUUUGUGGAAAAGUGCGCCCCCUCUGGUCAAUCUUCUGUCAGUCAUGGUUACUGGAUUGGAAUCACACUAGUGACAAAACCAUGAGCAUGAUUUAUGUUGAGUUAUCAAAGAGGCUAUCAUGGAUAAAGUGAUAACUUCUUGAUUUAGUAAAUGAUAAAUAAAA